AUGUUAAUGUUAGGUAAAAUAGCUCAUAUUGGAAUUGAUUUAUGUAUAGUUUCCGGUUUUUUAGCAGGAGUUCAUAGAUCAACUGGAUUAACUCCCAAUUUAAAUACCAUUGAAAAUGAACAAUUGAAAUAUUAUGUUACUAAGUAUUUAGAUAUUGGUGAAUCAAUGUUUGAUUUUAGUGUUGGUUAUUUUAAUAGUUCAACUCAUUUCCUGAGAAAUAAUAGAAGUGAUAAGUAG